AUGCUGUGUAGAAGAACUGCAUCAAUAGAACUGUAUCAGAUGAUGGGGUUUAUUCAGGCGACGGUGAUUCUGUUAGUGGUCAUAGCAGCAGCUGGUGAAGCUCGACCAUCCCAGAAUGGUCAUUGCCUUCGCAAAUGCGGAGAUAAGGAUAUUCCAUAUCCAUUUGGCGUUGGAGACGGCUGCUUUCUGAAUCAAUACUUCAGUCUCACCUGUUACAACUCCAAAUUGUAUUUCGACUCCUCAAAUAUCGAAGUCCUCAACAUAUCCCUCGACGGUCACAUGGACAUCUCCAUGUAUGUCUUCCAGAUUUGUUACAAUGAAUCGGGGCAUGUGUUUCCAGGACGAACACAGUUAUUCCACCGGCUGCUUGUCGCGAUGCAACCAGCUCCUCACACAAGAACAGAACGCCGGCGAAACUUGCUCCGGAAUUGGGUGUUGCCAAAUCGAUAUUCCUCCUCGAAUGCGAAACACCACUUUUCAAUCAUUUAG